UCAACUUCACCUACAUCUUCAAACACUUUCGUUUUCACUCUCCCAAACACAGAAAACGCAGAAUCUUCACAAAACAGAAAAUUAGGGUUUCAAAUCGCUGUGAUGGCACUGUACGGCCGAGUCAAAUCAGGGAUCUCUCUCUGCAACAAAUUGGGGCUUCUUUCUUCUCAGAGAUCCACUCUUCAACGCUCUCUCAUUGCCCCUGCCAUUUCUCAGGCCACCAGAAAUUAUGCUGAUGUACCAGGGGCAAGGGAAGCCAAGAUUAAGGUCCCUAUCGCUAUGUUUGGAGGUUCAGGAAACUAUGCUUCUGCUUUGUAUAUUGCAGCAGUGAAAGCUAAUGCAGUUGAGAAGGUUGAUUCAGAGCUUCUUCAGUUCGUUGAAAUGGUAAAGGGUAGCAAGAUAACUUCACAGUUCAUUAAGGACAUAUCUGUAAAAAAGGAUGUCAGAUUAAAAACCAUCGAGGAUAUUGCCAGCAAAGCCAAGUUUUCUGAGACUACAAAGAACUUCCUUGCUCUCCUUGCUGUGAAUGGGAGGCUUAAACACGUAGAGCUCAUUGCAAAGAGGUUUGCGGAGUUGGCAAUGGCAUACAAGGGAGAAGUGAAAGCAAUUGUGACCACUGUUUUUCCACUUCCCGCUGAGGAAGAGAACGCAUUGAAGCAAACUGUUCAGGAAAUGUUAGGUUCUGGGGCAAAAGUUAAGCUUGAACAGAAGAUUGAUCCAAGCAUACUUGGUGGUAUAGUGCUGGAAUUCAGCCAAAAAGUCUUUGACAUGUCUAUAAGGACUAGGGCACAACAGAUGGAAAGGAUACUCCGAGAACCGAUAAAUAUUUCCGUCUAGAAGACAACAAUUUUCUCCUGACAAUCUGUGUCCUCAUCGUUUGAUGAAAGAAAUGUUACAUUAUUGUUUAUUAUAAAAUUGUUUGAAUAUGGAUUUGUAUGGGAUGGUAAAUAUGCCAUCAUUUUGCAAAUAAAAAGCUACUUUUUCCAACUUUUUGUUAUACUUGGUUGUUUCAUGUGUCUGAAUAUAUUUUUAUUUGGCCUAUUGAGGUCUGAAUUGGCUCUGUUUUCAAUUAAUUGAGUGGCUAAUGAUAAGGAUUGCAAAAUUUCAACGUA